GUCGCCCUGUAUGUGUUGACCGGCAUCUCGAGCCAUCUGUCCACCCAUACCUUGGGCAGCUUGCAAUCUCUCCUCCAAUUUAGAUCCGCACUCGACGGACAACCUGCGAAGUCAUUCCAAGGGUCUCCUUCUACCAACUCUAAACAAAGCAAGGCGCGCUGAGAUGGGCCGCUCACGCAGCCUCGAGUAUCCCAAGACCGCGAUCAACAAGGUCAACCGGUAUAAUGUUCGAGAAACAUACGACCUUGAAGCCAUCCACCGCAUCAUCAACGAAAGCACAUAUGUCAACGUUUCGUUCAACACUCCCGACGCGAGCAACCCGUUCCCCGUCACUCUGCCCAUGAUUGGCGUUGCCGCGAGCUUCGAGCACCCUUCUUCGUCCCUGGGCGAGCCUCUCGACAUCUACGUGCACGGCUACGUGAGCGCCCGAAUGAUGAACCUAUCCCGCACAACCACCACCGACGAGGGCGUCGAGCACGAAGGUCUUCCCGUGACCAUCUCGGCCACGAAAGUCGACGGCCUCGUUCUCUCGCUCACGCCGUACACGCACGACAUCAAUUACCGCUCCGCCACACUCUACGGCUACGCCACGCUCGUGACCGACGCCUCCGAGAAACUCUGGGCCAUGGAAGCCGUGACAAAUUCCGUCGUAUCUGACCGAUGGCGACACACACGCGUCCCGCCCGUGCCGGCCGAGAUGUCGUCCACCUCGAUCCUCAAGGUCAAAGUCGUCGGCGGGAGCGGCAAGAUCCGAGUCGGCGGCCCACGCGACGAGAAGAAAGACACUGACCGUCCCGAACUGCUCGACAGCAUCUGGACCGGCGUGGUUCCGGUCUAUGAACAUUUCGCCGAGCCUAUCCCGCAUAGGACGAACAGAAUACAAAACGUGCCCGACCAUGUGGCGCGAUACGCCAAGGACAUGACGGACCGAAAUGAGCGGUAUGCGAGGGAGGUCAUUGAGGAUACGAGCCAGGACUGAACUUCUACUACUAGUAGUGACUACCCUAGAGUACGGACCUAGGUAGUAAACAGAUCCCACCAUGCU